AAUAGGUUUACCGUAAGACGUCAUUUACAUAAAAUAACAACAAUUUAACUUCAAUUCUCAUUCUCUUCUUCCAUUACAGAUGCGAUCAGCUUCGGUUAGCUUGUUCGGUACCCUCCUGAUGGUUCUACUGCUGGUGACCUUGAUCUCGUUAAUCACCCUCCCGGCGGGGGUCCAUGGCUCUCCGCUACCGGCGCCAUCUGGCGAAUCCAGCACGGCGUCCGAUGGCAGCGAUCUCAUGCAGCACAUUACCCGAUCCCGGUACUGCGGCCGGAAGCUAACCGAAACCCUGGCCCUGCUGUGUAACGGACGCUAUCCGAUGAUGGGCCACCACCGAACAGGUCGUAAUUUGGUCUUUUCAGAGUAUCUGUCCGAUCAGCCACAACAACCGGUCCAGGUUGAGGUGGCUACCCUACCGGAGAACGGAAGCCACUCGUACUCGCGAUCCAAGGCCCAUCGAAGGGUUCGACGGGGUGGAAUCUAUGACGAAUGUUGCAAGAAAUCCUGUUCCUACAACGAGCUGCGAAGCUACUGCGAGUGAUGUGGAUUCUCGCCUCAUGCUCUACUCGACGUAUUACGCAGAGCUCCAUAGCGUGGGAGUUCUGCGUCCGCUGGGCUGUGUUUCGCAGGAGUGCCUAGCGGUUCCACGAUAUUCUACGGGAGAGGCAAUCCGGGACAAGACGGGCCUCCCUCAAAUCUUCGCUCAGGUGGCAAACUGUUUGGGUAUCUCAGGCACACCGAUCUCCACCAGGCAAUGGGCGUAACGUGUGCGUGUGUUCGACUAUACAAUUUAUGUUUUUUUAUUUUGAAUAUAUAUAAAUGUAAUUUUUGUGGCUGGAAGGUAGUUUGAUGUCUUCCUGCGACCUUAGAGUAGUAGACAAUUUUUGAACGGCUGUAUUCAACUUCACACAAACCAGUUGAUAUUCUCUUUACUCAUCUUUUUGGGCAGGUUUAAAGGGUUGACAAAUUGUGAUUAAAGUAUUUAAGCACGUAAAACAAGGAUCGGUAAUUGAAAAUAGUAAAAAAAACGAAACACAUUUACCAGCAAUUUUAUUGAACACCUACAAAGGCAAGAAAGCAAGCUUAAUUUUUAAUACUCUUAUCUGCUUUCGAGAGAUUGGCGAUGUUAGAGAAAAUUUCACCUUGUUUUACGGUACCCAAACUAUGAUUGUAUUCAGUAGUUUGAUAUGCAAUAAGUUAGAUAGUUAAUCAUAAUACCCACAUAGGUAAACAACUACGAACGAAUCAAAUGCAAUUAUGAGAGUUUAAUACUAAUCAGCUGACCUAUUUAUUUUUUGCUUGUACUCUACUCCUCCAUCCACUCGAUGUUUUAUAGGUAUAUCAAGAUAAUCAAUUAAUGCCCCCAACAAAAUAAAAACGCAGCUCACACUAUUUUAAGAACUCUAUACCUAUGUAUUAUAAAAGAAAUCAUCAUGUAGGCCUCAAACAAAUUCCCAUACUACUUCAUAAUGUCAAUUAGAUAUCAUCCUCUCCCAUCCAUCAUCCUAGCCAUUCACUCACGCGCCAAUUUGUGAUCAUUACAACAACGUUCUUGAAGCUCUUGAGAAGAAAAUCAACUAGAUGAAACUAACGUUAUACAUAUGUGUCAUUAAAGUCAAUUGGAUACAAUUUUGCUACGAGAAAA